AUGACCAAGAAGAGGAGGAACAACAGGCGGGCCGAGAAGGGCCCCGGCGACGUGCAGCCCACCCGCUGCACCAACUGCACCAGCUGCAUGCCCAAGGACAAGGUGAGCAAGAAGUUUGUCAUCCACAACAUCGUGGAAGCCACAGCCAUCAGGGACUUCUCCAAGGCCAGUGUCUUUGACUUCUAUGUGCUGCCCAAACUGUAUGUGAAACUGCAUUACUGUGUGAGCUGCGAGCUCCACAGCAAGGUAGUGAGGAAUCGGUCCCUCGAGGCACUAAAGUAUCAGACACCCCUACCCCGCUUCAGACCUGCUGGUGCUGCCCCCAGACGCCCUCCAAAGUCCAUGUAA